AUGAACAAUUUGUUUCCUAACACACAAUUUCCUCUACAAUUCAAAUUUGACUUGAAAGGAUCACUGUAUGGAAGAAAAGCUGACGAGAAUGAAAGGGGAAAGAAAUCGCCAUGUUACAAAGAUAUCGACUUCCUCGACCAAAAAGCGGUCAUCAAAAUCGGUCCAAAUUUGGUUAAUGCGUUCAAAACACAAGUCGAAAAAGACAGCGAACUGAUGAGUGACAUGCACCUCAUCGACUACUCCCUUCUUGUCGGCGUCCACCAACUGUCCGACACAGAAAUGGAAACAGCAAAAAAUGCACUCGACAAACAAAAACAAAGGAACUCAAAGAAGUCUCAACACAAACACAAACACAAACACAACAAAAAAACUCACAAUAAAAGUAUUAAAGAUGAUGAAAAAGAAACAAAUAAAAUCGCAUCACCCACCGAUUCAAAAGAUGACCAAAAGAUUGACAAAGAAAAUUUCGCUGAAAUUGCCAAAGAAGAUGAAUUGAAAAUAACACAAAGCAAUCAAGAACAAAAACAAGACGAAAAUUCACACAACGAAAUAUCAAAAACAGAAGAAAAAAGUGAACAAAAAGUCGAUAAACAAAGUGAAGACACUUCACCAACCGAAUCUGAACAAAAAGUUGUCGACUCCUCUAUUGAAGCAAAAUCUAAUUCAAAAUUUUCUGAAAAAGAAGACGAAUCAAAACACCCCAAACAAGACUUCACAAGUCCAAAAGACACAAAAAGCGAAAAGAAGGCUUCACCCAUACCCGACGACCAUCCACACACUUUACUUGACAAAUCUUCUCAAUCCGAAGUAAAAAGUGCUUUAAACGUUGAAUCAAUAUCGACGCCAUCGGGUACGCCAUCUACUCAACAAGACAAACCGGUUCAAUACCGACCGCGGCGGAGUACUGUUUUUGCAGACUCCAAAGUUGAUGAGUUAAAUCCAAAGAAGAAGAUGCCUCCAAAAGUGAAAAAGGACAAAGUAGCGAAUCCAGAAGACUUUUUGAAAUCAUUAAAAAUUCCAAAACCUGAAGACUUUAUCUUUGUAGAUUAUGAAGGUGGACUGCUCUCUAGAGACGCUAAUGGUUAUUUGAAUGGGGAGUUGUACUUCAUUGGAAUCAUCGACAUCUUAAUGGACUACACAACUCGUAAAAAACUGGAAACGGUCAUGAAAGGCGCUGUUGCUGGCGGCGUUGAUCAAGUCUCAAGCGUAUCACCACAACAAUACUCAAAGAGAUUCAUCAAGUUCGUCCACGAUCACACUAACUAA